UGAUUAACAGCUUUACUUGAAACAGGUGUGGAGAUUUCAUUUCCUCCUCCUCCUCCUAGAGAAAGGAAGUCACACUUAAAACAAGCAGUGGCUAUCAUUGUGUGAUGGUGUGCAGACAUGUGAUAUCUAGUACUGAUUACAGAGAAUGAAGGUGACCCUGCUAGAUACCUAUAAUUUACCUGGACUAAAUGUCAGAGAUAACAGCCACGUCACCUGUUGGUCUCUUCCUGAUGACUUGUGUAACUACAUUGUAAUUUGUUUCACUGGGACAUAGGAUUAAGCCUAUUCAUUUUUGAAAAAGUAUUCAGGAGAUGAGUGUUCGUGUUGUCAUAGCAACAUCAUACAGAAACAAAACCUAGAUUCUUUCCUCAAACAAUCAACUGCUGAUCUUUUAGGAGUGUAUAGGAUAAAAAAAAAAAUGGCAGGAUUUUUCCGUCUGUCCACUUGCAGCAUUCAUCGGGAGGAGAAAUAUGUGGCGGUGUGUGAUGACUGUGAGAAGAGUGUGUGUACAUUGUGCAUGAGUGGACCGCAUCGCGGUCACACUAUCAUGGACAAUGACCUUGCCCUGGUCAAGUAUAAAGAAAAACUUCUGGUCAGACAAAAUAUGGCUGAAGACAGUCUGAACAAGAUUCGACAAGAAAUACAACAGCUGACACAGCAGGAGCAGAUCUGUCACCUGAAGACUGAGGGUCUGCUGAUAACUCUACAACACAGAGGAAGAGAUCUUAAAGAUGAAAUUGACAGGUUGAUUCACGGAAUGACAAAAACAAUAAAAGAUUCCAAGAAAAAGGUCAUCGAUAAAAUAAGCUCCACCCACAACAAAGCCAAACGACAACAGACACAGCUAAAUAUGUUCAUCAGACAAGUGAAAGCCGAACUCCAAAAGAGCAAUAUCCAAAACGUUCUGAAUCUUUACAAAAAUAUCAACGAUGCCAUCGACAGUCACCAUGGUGACCCGGAUCUUCAUGUUGAUACCGAGUAUUAUAAAUUCACAGUCGGGGAGUUAUGCAAGGAAAAUAUAGAUAAGAUGUUUGGGAGGCUGGAAAUUGAGAGUAAAAAAUUUAACCAAGAAAAUCUUUAUGACUAUGUAGAACCUGUACGAACCUGCACUCUGAAACAGGUUCAUAAGGAUGUAGAAAAUCUGUGUCAGUUCAAGGCUUCUGAAAAAGGAAUCACCACCAUUUGCCCGUUCAAAGAAGACAGAGCCUUUUUAUGUGAUAAUACAGGAAAGGACCUCAAACUUGUAAAGGAGAAUGGGAGGGUCCUACGUUCCAUCACAGCUAACACAAAGAACAGCGACAUUGGUAUCACAUCCGACGGACUUGUCCUAAUCACAUGUCCAGAGUUAUACUGCAUCAAAAAAUUCUCCUCGGACGGAACGAUCCGCAAGUUCAUUUUCACUGAAGACCUGCAUCCCUAUGGAUUAGGUAUACACUUCGACACCGACUGCAUUGUUGUGGCACUCGUGGAUUCAUGGGACUAUAAAGUGACGUCAUCCAGCAAAAGAUUUCUCAGAAAAUACUCCAGUGAAGGGGAGAAAAUUCAGACUAUAGAGGGAGUUCAUAAAACCAUCACAGGUGGAGUCAAGCCGAUGAUUGUCUGUCCUUAUAAAGUCCGGGUCAAUCAGUACACAGGGGACAUAGGGGUGGUCAACUGGACAGCCUGGCACCAGGGGAACGUCAUUGUGUUCACAUCUUACGGAACCCUGAAAUUCACCUACCCACAGAAAACCGAUAAAGCAUUUGAACCACAUGACAUAACGUUCGAUUCCGAGGACCAAGUUGUGGUAGCUGAUGCAGUCAGUAAACUUUUAUAUUUUCUCAAUCCUCGCGGUGAACUUCUGCGGAGUAUAUACCAGUGUGACCACACCCCCUGGUCCCUCGGGUAUUUUGGGCAGGGGAAGUUGUGGGUGGGACAGAGUGAUGGUACCAUCAAUGCUAUUAAAUAUCUGUGUGAUUAAGUUAUGUACCAUUUAUAAAAUAUUGUAGGUUUUUCAUAUUUUUAUCAUUAUAAAUUACACUACGCUGAUAUUCAGGAAUUGUCAAAUUGAGCACAACAAAAACAAAUAUGAAUGAAUCACUCUAAACUGUAUGUUUUGUUGACUUUCACAAAUUAAUUCAUGUACUUUGCAAUAUCUGUGACACUUGCUCAACAAGAUUAAAAUUCAUUCUGCUUCUUGUACAAGAUUGCAAAAAAUACCUUUCGACUACGAAAACAUUCAGAAAGGCCAACAAACCAUGAUAUUCCAGUGAAAAUGUAUGUGAAAACGGGUGAAUUCUUCAUUAAGGCCAAAAAAAAAUCAAUUAGUAGUUUCUCAGGCACAACCGCAACUGCUAAAAAUGUACCACAAGGAUUUUUUUUCAAUCUUUCUCUGUUUCUUAUAUUUAACAAGAUGUACUGUGAGCAAUGCUCACUAAGAAUACCCCCUGCUUACCCCAAUCUCCCAAAGGGUGUUGUUAAUAGGUAUAAAUUACCUCAUUCCUGAGUGUAAAAAUAUGGUAUGCAUUUGUAGAAGAAAAUGGAAGAUAUAGUCCGAACACAAAUCCAUGGCAUAAACCUAUAAUUUUGACCUUGAGAUCAAAGGUCAAGGUCAUAAAGAGGUCAUGAAUGUACAUGACACAUCGUCUCAUGGUGAUACACUCAUGUGUCAAAUAUGGUAUGCCUAUGUCAAAGAACAAAGAAGUUAUGGCCCGGACACGAAUCUGCACAGACAGACAGACAGACGGACGGACGGACGGACAGACGGACAGAGUGAUUCCUAUAUACCCCCCAGAACUUCGUUCGGGGGGUAUAACAAGAGGCCCACAGGCCUUAUCGGUCACCUGAAUACUAGUGAAAAAGUAUCACUACUUCCAUAGGCUAUGAAAUCUAGAAAAAAAUUUCCUGUUCUGAAUAUCUAAGCUAAAUUCUAAUGUUCAGCAACAGUAUAAAACAAGAUGUGUUCUUAAAACUUCACUGCCCUCAAAAGUGCAUACACUAAUGAAAAGCUUUAAAUAAUAGGUGUAUUAACAUUAAAACAUCUGCAAGUAUGCAUUUAGAUUUUACAAAGUAUCAGCAAACUUACACAUAAAUACUAUAUACUAAGUUUGGCCCCACCCUGGGGUCAGAACCCUUACUCUGGGGAUCAUCAAAUUUACAAUUUUGGUAAAAGACUACCUGCUCUAUCCAUUUAGUUUCAAUUUAGUAUAAAUUGAAAUUUAAUAGGAUUAAAUUAUUAUUUAUAAACAAGAUGUACUUUCUACCUUACUGUUUGUUUGUCUCUGUAUAAUUAUUAUUUACUAGUAAUUGGUUGUAUAACAAGACAUAAUUAAAAAAUCUUGUUGGGCAGUGUUUCUAAUUAUAGAUGUUUUGGUCAGUACGAGAUAUAGAAUUGACCAAUGAGAUAAGAGCAACCAGGGGCAUUGAUGCCUAGAGGGGGAGUCUGUAAUUGUUUCAUUUCAUACUUAAGACGCUUGUGUUUGCAGCUACCCACCCUCCGUCCCCAUCAGCAUCCCUGGUUCUCUAUGGGGCUACUUAAUUCUAGGCGUUCAUUCCAGGGGAAUUCUACCCCCAAGUCUAUGUUUGGUUUUGCUUAUUAUUACGGUAUAUACCACAGUUUUAUCAUCACAUAUAACUUAUUGUACAUAGGUAGUUUGUUAAAUGUUUAAUAGAAUUUGACUAGUAAGUAGUGUUUUCUUAGACUAACAGUUUUAUGCCUACUGGGAAUCAGUACCAGGAAUACGUUAUCGCUCCUGGGUUCAGGUCAGAGUACUUGUUCCCUUUCGUUGCCUGCUGGGAUCAGCCCCGGGCAUGGGUCACUUUCUUUGAUGCCUGCUGGGAUCAGCCCCUGGCAUGGGUCACUUUUCUGUGAUGCCUGCUGGGAUCAGCCCCGGGCAUGGUUCACUUUCUUUCAUGCCUGCUGGGAUCAGCCCCGGGCAUGGUUCACUUGUUCUGUGAUGUCUGCUGGGAUCAGCCCCAGGCAUACACUCCUGGGAUCAGCCCGGAGUGCAGUCUGCGUAUAUUGACCCUAGGCAGGGUUGUUAACUCUUUUACUUCAGACAGUUUUGAUGAUAGGAUCAAGCCAGAUAUUGUUAUUAAUAAUAGAUUGUUAAGAAAGGAAUGAGUAGCCCCCAGGACGCCAAAUUAUUAGUUAUAAUAUUUUAGUUGUAGUAUGUGUAUAUGUACAACAUUAUAUGGCAGCAUUGUUUAUAUGUAGUGAUGUUUGGGUUUGUAAAGACCCAAUAAAAUUUUUUAAACUGUA